AUGCCUGUCCUUGGGGUUGCUUCAAAACUGAGACAGCCAGCUGUUGGGUCAAAGCCUGUUCACACUGCUCUUCCGAUACCGAAUCUUGGCAUUGGUGUAUCACGGCACUGUUCUUCAAGACCUUUGGAAUUUGCUACACCGGAGUGCUCAAUGCUUUCUUGUCAGCUCACAUUAAAAUCAACCUGUGAGUUUGGAGAGAAGAAAGCCCUGGAGGGAACAGCCAAGGAGAGCGAAGACAGCAAGAUUUACACUGACUGGGCCAACCACUACCUGGCGAAAUCUGGCCACAAGCGGCUGAUCAAGGAUUUGCAGCAGGACAUCGCGGACGGGGUCCUCCUGGCAGAGAUCAUCCAGAUUAUUGCAAAUGAGAAAGUUGAAGAUAUCAAUGGAUGUCCUAGAAGCCAAUCUCAGAUGAUUGAAAAUGUUGAUGUCUGCCUUAGUUUUCUAGCAGCCCGAGGAGUAAAUGUUCAAGGUCUAUCUGCUGAAGAAAUAAGAAAUGGAAACUUAAAAGCCAUUCUAGGGCUGUUUUUCAGCUUGUCUCGCUACAAGCAGCAGCAGCACCAUCAGCAGCAGUACUAUCAGUCCCUGGUGGAACUUCAACAGCGAGUGACGCACGCUGCUCCUCAGUCAGAAGGCAGUCAGGCCAAACCCCAGCAAGAUAUGCAGUCCAGUCUGACAGCCAGAUAUGCAGCUCAGUGUAAUCACAGUGGAAUUGCAACCAGUCAGAAAAAGCCUACUAGGCUUCCAGGGCCCUCUAGGGUGCCAGCUGCGAGCAGCAGCAACAAGGCUCAGGGAGCCUCCAAUCUAAACAGGAGAAGUCAGAGCUUUAACAGCAUUGACAAAAACAAGCCUCCAAGUUAUGCAAAUGGAAAUGAAAAAGAUUCCUCCAAAGGACCUCAACCAUCUUCAGGUAUAAAUGGAAACACACAGCCUCCCAGCACUGCUGGGCAAGCCCCAGUCUCUGCUAUCCCUUCCCCAAGUGCCAGCAAGCCGUGGCGCAGCAAGUCCAUGAAUGUCAAGCACAGUGCCACCUCUACCAUGCUGACGGUGAAGCAGCCAAGCCCAGCCACCUCUCCCACUCCAUCUUCAGACAGACUGAAGCCCCCUGUCACAGAAGUGGUCAAAAGUGCUCCAUCAGGACAAAAAUCUAUGCUCGAAAAAUUCAAGCUGGUUAACGCCCGGACUGCGUUGCGCCCCCCUCAGACUUCCAGUUCAGGACCUAGUGAUGUUGGGAAGGAAGAUGAUGCCUUUUCUGAAUCUGGAGAAAUGGAAGGUUUAAGCAGUGGUCUGAAUAGUGGUGGCUCAACAAACAGCAGUCCCAAAGUGUCACCUAAGUUAGCCCCUCCAAAAGCAGGAAGUAAAAAUUUCAGCAAUAAAAAGUCUUUGUUGCAGCCAAAAGAAAAGGAGGAAAAGAGCAGGGACAAGAAUAAAGCCUGUGCUGAAAAGUCAGGAAAGGAAGAGAAGGACCAGGUGACGGAGACAGCUCCAAAGAAGACCUCUAAAAUCGCAAGCUUGAUCCCAAAGGGCAGUAAGACCGCAGCGGCCAAGAAAGAAAGCUUAAUUCCAUCGUCCAGUGGGAUCCCAAAGCCAGGCUCAAAGGUGCCCACUGCAAAGCAAACUAUUUCACCCAGCAGUGCAGCAAGCAAAGAGUCUGAGAAAUUCAGGACUACCAAGGGAAGCCCUUCUCAGGCCCUCCCAAAGGCCUCAGAGAAAACAAGCGCGCCCAGCCUCUCUGCUGCGCAGGAGGGGAGGGACGCUGGCCACACAUCUUCCUCUAGCUCCUGUGCUAUGCAGCUGGCACACAGCAGUGGACAGAGCCCCAGCAAUGGAGCCGUCCAGCUCCCUCAGCAGCAGCAUAUCCAUCCCAACACGGCCACAGUGGCUCCAUUCAUUUACAGAGCACAUUCAGAAAAUGAAGGCACCUCUUUACCAACUUCCGACUCCUGUACCAGCCCCACAAAGAUGGACUCCUCAUACAGUAAGACAGCUAAGCAGUGCCUAGAAGAGAUAUCUGGUGAAGACCCUGAAACUAGAAGAAUGCGUACAGUCAAGAACAUAGCAGAUCUGAGGCAGAACUUGGAAGAGACAAUGUCCAGUCUUCGUGGGACCCAGAUAAGUCACAGCACCCUGGAGACAACAUUUGAUAGCACUGUCACAACUGAAGUAAAUGGAAGGACCAUCCCCAACCUGACAAGCCGGCCUACUCCCAUGACCUGGAGAUUGGGUCAGGCGUGUCCUCGUCUACAGGCUGGAGAUGCCCCUUCCAUGGGCGCUGGAUACCCUCGAAGCGGCACCAGUCGGUUCAUCCACACAGACCCUUCCAGGUUCAUGUACACAACACCUCUGCGCAGAGCUGCAGUUUCCCGUCUGGGAAACAUGUCACAAAUAGAUAUGAGCGAGAAAGCAAGCAGUGACCUGGAUGUGUCUUCUGAGGUGGAUGUUGGUGGAUACAUGAGCGAUGGCGACAUCCUUGGGAAGAGUCUGAGAGCUGAUGACAUCAACAGCGGGUACAUGACAGAUGGUGGGCUCAGCCUCUAUUCUAGAAGUCUGAACCGAGUCCCAGACACCACAACUUCCCGGGAUGUCACAGCAAGGGGAGUUCACGAUGUGACAAUGGAUGCAGACAGCUGGGAUGACAGCAGUUCAGUGAGCAGUGGUCUCAGUGACACACUUGACAACAUCAGCACAGACGACCUGAAUACCACAUCCUCCAUCAGCUCAUACUCCAACAUCACAGUUCCCUCCAGGAAGAACACGCAGCUUAAAACAGAUACGGAGAAGCGUUCGGCAACAGAUGAGACCUGGGAGAGUCCAGAAGAGCUGAAGAAGACUGAAGAAGAUUUUGACAGCCACAGCGAUGGAGGUGCCAAGUGGAAGGGCGCUGCUCCUGGACUCGCUGAAGACUCAGAGAAGACAGGGCAGAAGGGGGGCCUGUCGGUGUCUCAGACAGGCUCCUGGAGGAGAGGCAUGUCUGCUCAGGGAGGAACAUCCGCUAGGCAGAAAACCGGCACAAGUGCACUCAAGACCCCUGGGAAGACUGACGAUGCCAAAGCUUCAGAGAAAGGGAAAACUCCCCUUAAAGGAUCAUCCUUGCAAAGGUCCCCUUCAGACGCAGGGAAAAGCAGUGGAGAUGAAGGGAAGAAGCCACCCUCGGGCAUUGGAAGAUCCACUGCCAGCAGUUCCUUUGGCUACAAGAAGCCAAGUGGUGUAGGGUCCUCUACCAUGAUCACCAGCAGCGGCGCCACCAUAACAAGCGGCUCAGCUACACUGGGGAAAAUCCCCAAAUCCGCUGCCAUUGGUGGGAAGUCCAGCGCAGCAAGGAAAACCAGCCUGGACGGGUCCCAGCAUCAAGAUGACGUGGUCCUGCACGUGAGCUCCAAGACCACCCUCCAGUACCGCAGCCUGCCCCGCCCUUCUAAGUCCAGCACCAGCGGUAUCCCGGGGCGAGGUGGCCACAGAUCAAGUACCAGCAGCAUUGACUCCAACGUCAGCAGCAAGUCAGCCGGGGCCACCACCUCCAAACUGAGAGAACCCACUAAGAUCAGCUCAGGGCGCUCCAGUCCGGUCACUGUCAACCAAACAGACAAAGAGAAGGAGAAAGUAGCGGUCUCGGAUUCCGAGAGUGUUUCUUUGUCAGGUUCCCCCAAAUCCAGCCCCACCUCUGCCAGUGCCUGUGGUACACAAGGGCUCAGACAGCCAGGGUCCAAGUACCCAGAUAUUGCCUCGCCCACAUUUCGAAGGUUGUUUGGUGCCAAGGCAGGUGGCAAAUCUGCCUCUGCACCUAAUACUGAGGGUGUGAAAUCCUCCUCAGUAGUGCCCAGCCCUAGUACCUCUUUAGCCCGUCAAGGCAGUCUGGAGUCACCAUCGUCUGGUACGGGCAGCAUGGGCAGUGCUGGUGGGCUGAGUGGCAGCAGCAGCCCUCUCUUCAAUAAACCCUCAGACUUAACUACAGAUGUUAUAAGCUUAAGUCACUCGUUGGCUUCCAGCCCGGCAUCGGUUCACUCUUUCACAUCGGGUGGUCUUGUGUGGGCUGCCAAUAUGAGCAGUUCCUCUGCCGGCAGCAAGGACACUCCGAGUUACCAGUCCAUGACUAGUCUCCAUACGAGCUCAGAGUCAAUUGACCUGCCCCUCAGCCAUCAUGGCUCCCUGUCUGGACUGGCCACAGGCACUCAUGAGAUGCAGAGCCUGCUCAUGAGAACGGGUAGUGUGAGAUCUACUCUCUCAGAAAGCAUGCAGCUUGACAGAAAUACACUACCCAAAAAGGGACUAAGAUACACCCCAUCGUCUCGGCAGGCCAACCAAGAAGAAGGCAAAGAGUGGCUCCGUUCCCAUUCCACUGGAGGGCUGCAGGAUACUGGCAGCCAAUCACCCCUGGUCUCCCCUUCUGCCAUGUCAUCUUCAGCCACGGGAAAAUACCACUUUUCCAACUUGGUGAGUCCCACCAACCUGUCUCAGUUUAACCUUCCUGGUCCCAGCAUGAUGCGCUCCAACAGCAUCCCCGCCCAGGACUCCUCCUUCGACCUCUAUGAUGACGCCCAGCUUUGUGGUAGUGCCACUUCUCUGGAGGAAAGGCCACGUGCCAUCAGCCAUUCCGGCUCCUUCAGAGACAGCAUGGAGGAAGUACACGGCUCUUCACUGUCAUUGGUCUCUAGCACAUCUUCACUCUACUCGACGGCUGAAGAAAAGGCUCAUUCAGAGCAAAUCCAUAAGUUACGGAGAGAGCUGGUUGCAUCCCAGGAGAAGGUUGCUACCCUCACGUCUCAGCUGUCUGCAAAUGCUCACCUUGUAGCAGCUUUUGAAAAGAGUUUAGGAAAUAUGACUGGCCGGUUGCAAAGUCUAACCAUGACAGCGGAACAAAAGGAAUCUGAACUUAUAGAACUACGGGAAACCAUUGAAAUGCUGAAGGCCCAGAACUCUGCUGCCCAGGCUGCCAUUCAGGGUGCUCUGAAUGGCCCGGACCACCCUCCCAAAGAUCUACGCAUUAGAAGACAACAUUCUUCUGAAAGCGUUUCUAGCAUCAACAGCGCCACGAGCCAUUCCAGCAUUGGCAGUGGCAAUGAUGCUGACUCCAAGAAAAAGAAAAAGAAAAACUGGGUGAACUCUAGAGGAAGUGAGCUGAGAAGUUCUUUCAAGCAAGCCUUUGGAAAGAAAAAGUCCACCAAGCCGCCUUCCUCACAUUCGGAUAUUGAAGAGCUGACAGAUUCAUCCCUCCCGGCAUCCCCCAAGCUACCCCACAAUGUUGGCGAGUGUGGUUCCACAUCCAUGAAGCCUUCUCAGUCCGCAUCAGCGUCACCCCUUGUCUGGCCACCCAAGAAACGAAAAAAUGGGCCUGUGAUCUACAAGCAUAGAUCCCGGAUCUGUGAAUGCACCGAGGCUGAGGCAGAGAUCAUUCUGCAGCUGAAGAGUGAGCUUAGAGAAAAGGAAUUAAAAUUAACAGACAUAAGGCUAGAGGCCCUCAGCUCUGCUCAUCACCUCGACCAGAUCCGGGAAGCCAUGAACAGGAUGCAGAAUGAAAUUGAAAUAUUGAAGGCUGAAAAUGACCGGUUGAAGGCUGAGACAGGUAACACAGCUAAACCUGCCCGGCCUCCGUCUGAGUCGUCAAGCACUGCCUCUUCCUCUUCCUCUCGCCAGUCCUUAGGGCUUUCACUCAACAAUCUGAACAUCACAGAGUCGGUUACCUCAGAUAUUUCGCUAGACGACCCUGGCGAUACACGCGGACAUAGAGACGGCUGCAGUGUGAAAAUUAUGGUCUCCGUGAGCAAGGGCUACGGUCGGGCCAAGGAUCAGAAGUCUCAGGCAUAUUUGAUAGGAUCCAUUGGUGUCAGUGGAAAAACUAAAUGGGAUGUCUUAGAUGGUGUCAUUAGGCGUCUCUUUAAGGAAUAUGUGUUCCGAAUUGAUACAUCCUCUAGUCUUGGUCUGAGCUCUGACUGUAUUGCUAGCUACUGUAUAGGAGAUUUAAUUAGAUCCCAUAACCUAGAAGUGCCUGAGCUGCUGCCAUGUGGAUAUCUGGUUGGAGAUAAUGAUGUCAUCACUGUGAACCUGAAAGGGGUAGAAGAAAAUAGUCUGGACAGUUUUGUUUUUGAUACACUGAUUCCUAAACCAAUUACCCAAAGGUACUUUAACUUGCUGAUGGAGCACCACAGAAUUAUACUCUCAGGACCAAGCGGCACUGGAAAGACCUACUUAGCAAACAAACUUGCUGAAUAUGUAAUAACAAAAUGUGGGAGGAAAAAAACAGAGGAUGCAAUUGCUACUUUUAAUGUGGACCACAAGUCAAGUAAGGAGUUGCAGCAGUAUCUUGCCAACCUGGCUGAGCAGUGCAGUGCUGACAAUAAUGGUGUGGAGCUCCCUGUUGUCAUAAUUCUGGACAAUCUUCACCAUGUGGGCUCUCUGAGUGACAUCUUCAAUGGUUUUCUCAAUUGCAAAUACAACAAAUGUCCUUAUAUUAUUGGAACAAUGAAUCAGGGAGUCUCUUCAUCACCAAAUUUAGAACUACACCACAAUUUCAGGUGGGUAUUAUGUGCAAACCACACAGAACCAGUGAAAGGCUUUUUAGGCAGGUUUCUUCGAAGAAAACUGAUAGAGAUGGAAAUUGAAAGGAAUGUACGCAAUAAUGACCUAGUCAAAAUUAUAGAUUGGAUUCCCAAGACGUGGCAUCAUCUCAAUAGCUUUUUGGAAACGCAUAGUUCUUCUGAUGUCACUAUCGGUCCUCGGCUUUUCCUUUCUUGCCCCAUGGAUGUGGAAGGUUCUAGGGUGUGGUUCAUGGAUCUCUGGAAUUAUUCCUUGGUACCUUACGUUCUGGAGGCGGUGAGGGAAGGCCUUCAGAUGUACGGGAAGCGUGCGCCCUGGGAAGACCCCUCCAAGUGGGUCCUUGACACAUACCCUUGGAGUUGUGCAUCCCUGCCCCAGGAGGGCCCGGCCUUGCUACAGCUGCGACCAGAGGAUGUGGGCUACGAGGGCUGCGCAUCUGCGAAGGAAGCCACGACAUCAAAGCACAUUCCCCAGACUGACACAGAAGGGGACCCCCUGAUGAAUAUGCUAAUGAAACUCCAAGAAGCAGCCAAUUACUCGGGCACACAGAGCUGCGACAGUGAUGGCAUCAGCCACCGUGAAGACAUUCUGGAUUCAUCCAUUGAAUCCACCCUCUAAAGGAUGAAAGACUUAGACAAAGGACUAUGUUUUUAAAAGGGUGUUUUAAAACACAGGUAUUAUCACUAAACCACUGCCAGUAUGAAAGUCCCCUGUCCAGGGCGCUGACCCAGAGCCGUGGUUUCCAAGGAGGCAGCAGAGUUAAGGUGGAACCGCCAAGAGGCUAAAGUCAAAAAAGGGAGCUUAAGUUUAUUGUAUUCCUAGGCAUUUUUGUAAGCACGGAGUUAGCAAGAGCUCCAUUAAGCGACUGGAAAGGACCCUAAAGACAGGGCAGCUGAGCAGAUUGCACAUGGGGUAGCGAGACUGGACUUUGUUUUCUUCCUCUUUCAAAGUUUACAAUGCAGGCCUACUUUUUUUUUCCCCUCCGUCUUUUUCUUUGUUGUGCCUUUUUUUUUGUUUUUGUUUUUCUUUUGUUUCCUCUGAGGGGCUGCCCUCCUCAGGCAGGGCUCACUUCUCUGAUCCAGGAGACCUCCUUGUGCCACACGGUGCCGGUGACAGGGCUCCGGUAGUGUCUGUGUCAUACGCUCACUCCAUUGCAGAAGCAAUCCACGAGGCCAGUCCUCCAAAAGCACAAAGGGAGUUGUGCCACCACCAGAAAAAAAAAAAGUACAAAAUACGAAUAAAAACAAAACUACUGUGGCAAACGGAAAGGGCCACCUUCCUUCCGACUGUCCCACUCUCCUGAAGUGCGCUACCCUCUUCUUAGUGUCUGAGUCAUGGGUUUUAUAAGGUUGUUUUUACCACAGUGGUCUUUUCAAACCACCUGCCCACUCCCCGGACCAGAGUUUUAUACCAAUUAUUAGUCAACACUGACAAAAGGCUUUUUAGGGCUUUAUUUGUUCGAGCCUUUUCAGUGAAAGAAGGAACAUUUUUCUAUGGUGCUGUCUCACUGCCUUAAACCAGAUCCCUCCAACGAUUUUAACAGUUGGUUUCAAUCCUAAACCAUUGGUAAUUCCCACUGUCUCUUCAUUUACAGCCAAGCAACACACCAGUUAACACAGCAGCCUCACUUCUAGAUAUAAUUUUUUAUUUUAUUUUUCUUGAAGAAAUGGAUAGGAGAAAGAUAAGUAUUUUUUAUCUUAUGAAUAAAGAGAUUUCUUUGCCUAUCCUGCAAAUAAUUUGAGAACCAUAGAACCCCUCUUUGACCAUCACCUAAAAGCAGAGACAUGCGGCUUCAUUCUACCUAGUUCUAAACGAAAGGUGGGAGAUUUCUAAUUCGGAUCCAGUUGAACUACAAGAACUGGAUUCAGCAUGAGCACAAUUAUUUGGCUUUCUUCCCCUUGUCUUUAUCUUUCAAAAAAAAAAUUAGUUUUGACGCAUGUUGUUUUGAUUGCUAUUGUUGUACAUGAGACAUUCAGCAUUAAAGAACAUUGAUGCAGUCAGUCACUGUGGAAGAGGAAGCAUUUAUACUGUACAAGAAGGUUAGAUUUGCACAGUCUACUGGGUAGGUAUUGUAAAUAAUGACUUUUUUUUUCAAAACUUGCACAAAAAUCAAAACAAACACAAACAAAAUUGCAUUUAACCUGUUGGUGUUAAGAGGUUGUUUCACUUACUGAGAUUUCCUGUAUGUUACAAACAAAUACAGAAUGCAAACCUUCCAAGCUGUUAUUAUCUGGUGUGUUUGUCCUGUACUUACAAGUUUGUUGUGACGAUGCAGGAGCCAUCAGUGCUAGAGUGAGCAUGCUUCAGAACUGUACAUGAGGCCAGUACAUUUUUGGAUGAGUAGCCGUCUGAAAGUACAUCACUUGGGGCAGGCUAAAAAGACAGUGGGUGAAAGCUGAUAGGUCACUGGUGAAGUCACACUGCCCACAGAGGACGGUUCAAAGGCUAUGAAACCUAAGGUCAACGCCAUGGCGCAGACAUAGCUCUGUGCGCCUUUUAGGACAUGUUAUUGGUGCUACUCUCUGUGACCACCAACUCUAUGGGUUGGUUUCUGUAGAACAAAAUUAACAGCACGAAGUAUCUGUGCAGAUUGCAGAGUGUCAGUAAGUAUUUAGGUCCUUACACGGUGCUAUUGCCCGGAGAGUUAUCAGACUGAAUUUAUGCACAUAGAAUUGCCACCCUGACUUUGGAGCCUCAACUGUGGAUCAGAUCUAUUGUGCAACACCGAUGGAUAUAGCUGGACGAGUGACUAGUCGCCCUUGUAUGAUACGUGACCUAAGAGUAUUGCUAAUCUUCCCCUGCCAUUUCCAGAAACACGGUCCACACAUGAGCAUAAACAGAACUUCCUGCAAUACAUCGCAGUAGGUACGCCUAGUUUACAACUUAAACUAGUUUGUGAAACAUUUGUCUGUAUACAUUUUAUAUUUUGUACAUUUUUGAUGUAACAUAUCAUGUAAAUAGGAAGAAGCAGUGAAAUAAAUCAUCUGAAAAGUUUUGUAGUCUUUGUAUAGCCCCAACAAUGAGUACUUGGUGUCAAUGGACCUAACUGGAUGAUGUAUUUUCUAUUGGUUUAUUGUUCCUCUAGCUUGUAAACCAGCUUGCAUAUAUUUUUUUGCAAAUGUGCACCCUGUAUCUGUCUAAAUUAUUACUUUGCCAUUAAAGUGGAAUUAUUUAUUGACAACAAGGUGUGGUGUCUAUGUAUGGGGAAAUUUUGAAUGAUUACGUUCAGGGAUAUGUUCAGCUUUAAAAUGUUUCUUCACUAUUAAUAUGCCAUCAUUAGGGAUCUGUGUCAAUCUAUAUUUUAUAAGCAUCAGAGGAAGGGCUCCAAAGCUUUUAAGUAAAUAAACUAACUAAAUGCAGUAUAUA